AUAAACCUAAAAAAAAAAAAAACCAGUAACGGCUUCACUUCACCAAAAUCAUGACCACCCUCUCUCCUCCACCACCUCCAAAUUUCGAUCCUCUCAAACUCCGCCGGGAAACUCUCACCAUCCCCGAACCAGACUCCGACUCAAAACCCGACCCGUCCGUUACAGAGCCCGCAACCUCAGCCCCAAACCCGACCACCAUCCGCCACCUCGCGUUCAACCAAGACUACACCUGCUUCUCCGCCGCCACCGACUCCUCCGGCUUCCGCGUCUACACCUGCGACCCCCUCCGCCGCUGCGACAGCGACUCCUCCGCCCCGCGCGACGGCCUCCGAUCCGUCCAGGUGCUCUUCCACUGCCACCUGUUCGCCUUCAUCCUCGACGGAAACAAGGUCAUGAUCUGGGACGACGUCCAGUCCAGACACGUCAUCGAGAUCUCGUUCCGGUCGGAGGUCAGGUCCGUCAGGCUCCGCCGCGACCGUGUCGUCGUCGUUUGUUUCCACAAGAUCUUCGUGUACAAUUUCCAUGGUUUCAAUUUGUUGGAUACGAUCAUGACGUUGGAAAACCCUAGGGGGCUGUGUGAGGUGUCGCAUAAGUCGGGGCCGGUGGUGCUGGCGUGUCUGGGGCUCCACCCGGGUCAAAUUCAGGUCAAGCAUUACGGGUCGAAGCGGAGCAAGUUCAUAACGGCCCAUUGCUCCCCUCUGGCGUGCUUUGCUCUCACUAAGGAUGGUCAGUUUCUAGCUACGGCGAGCUGUAAAGGGACUCUGAUUAGGGUUUUUAAUACUAUUGAUGGUACAUUGCUCCAAGAGGUGAGGAGAGGAGCGGAUAGAGCUGAGGUUUACAGUCUUGCUUUCUCUUCCACUGCCCAAUGGCUAGCUGUCUCAAGUGACAAGGGCACCGUCCAUGUUUUCAGCAUAAAGUUGGAUGCUGGAUCGUUGGGGAAUAAAGGUUCCCACAGUACAUCAGAAAUCAGUGGUACUAAUCCAUCAAGCGUUUCAUCUCUCUCUUAUUUCAAAGCUGUCCUUCCAAGGUAUUUCAGCUCAGAAUGGUCGGUGGCCAAAUUUCGCUUGCAGGAUGGUGUGCGGUACAUCAUUGCUUUUGGCCACCAGAAGAACACUGUUAUCAUUGUUGGCAUGGAUGGGAGCUUCUAUCGAUGCCAAUUUGACCCUGUAAAUGGAGGAGAUAUGAUUCAGCUUGAAUUUUCCAAAUUCCUGGAGUCUGAAUAGAAUUUCCAAGCUUUAGUAUAUGCAUAUGGUGCGGAUCUGGUUUUUUGUUAGAAAGGGCAGAAGAAAUAUGUGUGGAGUGCAAAAUGCGGCCUCAUUAUCACCUAGCCUGACAGGAGAACCUCAUUUAGAAUUGGUUCUAACGUAGCACCCAGCUUAGAGUAACCAAUUAGUUUGGUGAAUUAUUAUACCAAGUUGACCAAACGUUAACUUAUAAGUUACAGAAUGCUCCAUCAUACUAUGGUCUUUUUUUUCUGUAGGAUAUUAUGCUUUUUAAUUAUUCUUUUCCCAUUAAUUUCCGUAGGAGUAAAAUUGUAACUAUCAUUGUACAU